AUGUGCCCUUUCGCUUUCACACUCCUCCUUCUCCAUCUUCCACUCACUGUCAGGUCCUUGGGUGGCACUAGCUGCUUUUCUACAAUGAAGCACCGAGCACACAUGGAUGGAGAUUUGAUGAUCACUGGGUUUUUCCCUCUCUACACUUUGGGAAUAGAUCACAGUAACAGCCAUGCUUCCAAGCAAGAAGAGAACAAGAUGUUUAUCUUCAAGAACUACCAGUGUGUUUUGGCCUUGGCUUUUGCUAUUGAGGAGAUCAACAAAAAUCCUGAUCUUUUACAUAACUUGACUCUGGGAUAUGAUAUCUAUGAUGUUGAAUUCAGAACUUGGACAAUGUUUAAGAAUCUCUUCAUUUGUCUCUUUGGGAAGUAUAUGUUUCCGAACUACUCCUGUAUGAGAGACAGCAGAUCUAUAGCAGUACUGACAGGACCAUCAGGCAUAACAUCUGACCAGAUUGGGACAUUUCUAGGACUCUACAGAUUUCCACAGUUUACCUUUGGGCCUUUUGAUCAUGCCCUGAGUGACCAUAACAAGUUUCCUGCUCUCUAUCAGAUGGCCCCAAAGGAUACGUCAAUAGCAACUGCCAUGGUCUCUUUACUGCUUCACUUCAGCUGGAGCUGGGUGGGACUGUUGACCUCACAAGUUGAGAAUGGUGCAUGGGUUCUUGCUGAAUUGAAAGAUGAGAUGGCCAGAAACAGAGUUUGUGUAGCCUAUGAGCUAGUGAUCUUAAGCCAAGACGUGUCAUAUAUAUUCAAACUCAUGGCAGUUCAUAGCGAGGUAAAUCUAUCUUCAGCAAGUGUCCUCAUCAUAUAUGGUGAUAAUGAUUCACUGAUACUUUUAAUGGUAUUUAUUGAGCAAAUUUUUAUGCAUGGCAAAGUUUGUAUCAUGAACUCUCAAUGGGAUUUCACCAUGAAGAGGAAAUAUUUCAUGAUAGGGUCAUUGCAUGUACCUCUGAUUUUUGUACAUCAUCAUGUAGAAGUUUCUGGAUUCAUAGAUUUUGUCAAGGCAGUUAAGCCUUCCAAAUACCCAGAAGACAUUUUUCUUGCCAGGCUGUGGUUUCUGUCAUUUAAUUGCUCAUAUUCUGAGUGUGACUGUGUGGCAUGGGACAACUGUGCUCAGGAUGCCUCUUUAGAUUUGUUGCCUGGGCAUAUUUUUGACACGAAAAUGUCUGGAGACAGUUACAAUGUAUACAACACAGUGUAUGCUGUAGCCCAGGCUCUCCAUGAGAUGCUUCUUCAUCAAACAGAAGUUCAAACAAUGGGAAAUAGAAAGGAAACAGUGACUUCACCUGCAAAGCUGCAUAAUUUUCUGAAGAACAUCCCGUUUUUCAAUCCUACUAGAGAUCAAAUAAUUUGGGAGAUGAAAAGGAAUUUGGAGCCAGAGUAUGACAUUCUGAACAUUUGGAAUUUUCCAGAAGGUCUGGAACUUGCAGUGAGAAUAGGGAAGUUUUCUCCAUAUGCUCCACAUGCCAAUCAACUGUCUUUAUAUGAAGAUAUGGUAGAAUGGGCCAUUGGAACUACAGAGAUCACAUUUGGGGUUGUGUUCACUGUGGCAAUUUCCACAGUGUUGGUCAAAACGGUGAUUGUGGUCCUGGCCUUCAAGGCCACUUCUCCAGGGAGAAAGAUGAGGUGGCUACUGGUAUCAGGGGCUCCUAACUUCAUCAUCCCCAUCUGCACCCUUAUCCAGGUGACCUUCUGUGGCUUCUGGCUGGGAACCUCUCCUCCCUUUGUGGACACAGAUACAUACUCUGAGCAUGGCCACAUUAUCAUCCUGAUCUUGAAGGAUUAUCAGCUUGUUUUGGCCUUGGCUUUUGCUAUUGAGCAGAUCAACAAAAACCCUUCUCUUUUACACAACUUGACUCUGGGAUUCGAUAUCUAUGAUAUUCAAUUCAGAGGUUGGCCUUUGUUUCUGAAUCCCUUCAUUUGGCUCUUUGGGAAGCACGAGAAUCCAAACUACUCCUGUAUGAGAGACAGAAGGUCUAUAGCAGUACUUACAGGACCAUCAGUAAUAACAUCUGACCAGAUUGGGACAUUGCUGGGACUCUACAGAUAUCCACAGUUUACCAUUGGUUCCUUUGAUCAGGCCCUGAGUGACCAUAACAAGUUUCCUGCUCUCUAUCAGAUGGCCAAAAAGGACACCUUAAUAAUCACUGCUAUGGUGCCCUUACUGAUUCACUUCAGCUGGAACUGGGUGGGGCUGAUGACCUCACAAAAUGAGAAUAAUGUGUCAGUUCUUGAUGAAUUAAAAGAAGAGAUGGCCAAGAACAGACUUUGUGUGGCCUAUGAGGUAGUGAUCUCAAGCCAAGACCUGCAACAUUUAUACAAUAUCAUGGGAAAUUACAAUGGCAUAAAUGAAGCUUCAGCACGUGUUCUCAUUAUAUAUGGUGAUCAAGAUUCACUAAAAGUUUUAAUGUUAGGUAUUGAGCAAAUACUCAUAAAAGGCAAAGUUUGUAUCAUGAACUCACAGUGGGAUUUCACCCUGAAAAGGAAAUAUUUCAUGCUAGGCUCAUUGCAUGUACCUCUUAUUUUUACACACCAUUAUGCAGAUGUUUCUGGAUUUACAGACUUUGUCAAGGCAAUUCAUCCUUCCAAAUACCCUGAAGACUUUGUUCUUGCAAAGCUGUGGUUUCUGUCAUUUAAUUGCUCAGAUUCUGAGUCUGACUGUGUGACAUGGGACAACUGUGCUCAUGAUGCUUCUUUUGAUUGGUUGCCUGGGCAUAUUUUUGACAUGAGUAUGUCUGGAGACAGUUACAAUGUAUACAAUGCUGUGUAUGCUGUGGCUCAGGCUCUCCAUGAGCUGCUUCUUCAUCAAACAGAAGUUCAAACACUGGGAAAUAGAAAAGAAAUAGUGCCUUCCCCAGUACAGUUGCACCCUUUACUGAAGAGCAUCCAGUUUCAAAAUCCCAGGGGAGAUCAAGUGAUUUUGGAUGAGAAAAGGAAAUUGGAGCCAGAGUAUGACAUUCUGAACAUUUGGAAUUUUCCAGAAGGGCUGGAACUUUCUGUGAAAGUAGGAAUGUUUUCUCCCUAUGCUCCACAUGGCAAUCAACUGUCUUUGUCUGAAAAUAUGGUAGAGUGGGCCAUUGAAACUACAGAGAUUCCUCACUCUGUCUGCAGUGAGAGCUGUGAUCCUGGAUUCAGGAAAUAUCCUCAGGAGGGAAAGGCUGCCUGUUGCUUUGAUUGUACACCUUGCCCAGAGAAUGAGAUUGCUAAUGGGACAAGUAAUGUGCACUUCUCAAUAGAUAAGGAGCAUUGUGUGAGGUGUGAAGAUCAUCAAUAUGCCAACACACAGAGAAAUCAGUGCCUCCUGAGAGCUGCAAGUUUCCUGGCUUUUGGAGAUCCCUUGGGCAUGGCUCUGGCCUGCAUAGCUCUUUGCUUCUCUAUGCUAACUGUUGUUGUUCUUGGAGUGUUUGUCAAACACAAAGACAGUGCCAUUGUCAAGACCAAUAACCGGGCUCUCAGCUACAACUUGCUCAUCUCUCUCAUCUUCUGUUUCCUUUGUUCUUUGCUCUUUCUUGGAAGACCAAACAGAGUCACAUGCAUCCUACAGCAGAUCACAUUUGGGCUUGUGUUCACUGUGGCUGUUUCCACAGUAUUGGCCAAAACAGUGACUGUGGUUCUGGCCUUCAAGGCCACUUCCCCAGGGAGAAGGAUGAGGUGGCUGCUGGUAUCAGGGGCUCCUAACUUCAUCAUCCCCAUCUGCACACUCAUCCAGGCGACUCUCUGUGGACUCUGGUUGGGAACUUCUCCUCCCUUCGUUGAAACUGAUGAACACUCUGAACAUGGCCAAGUCAUCAUCCUGUGCAACAAGGGCUCUCUCACUGCCUUCUACUGUGUCCUGGGAUACCUGGGACUCCUGGCUUUUGCCAGCUUCACUGUAGCUUUUCUGGCCAGGAACCUGCCUGACACCUUCAAUGAAGCCAAGUUCCUGACCUUCAGCAUGCUGGUGUUCUGCAGUGUGUGGCUCACCUUUCUGCCUGUCUACCACAGUGCCAAGGGGAAGGUCAUGGUGGCUGUGGAGGUCUUCUCCAUCUUGGCCUCUGGUGUAGGGCUCCUAGGCUGCAUUUUUGCUCCAAAGUGCUACAUCAUCUUAGUAAUGCCAAACAAAAAUUCUCUCCAUGGUUUCAGGGAUGAAAAACAUGGUAGAAGAAACAAGCAUUCUUAA